AUGAUUCUCGGCAGGACCGUCAGAUAUUCCAGGCCUGGGAGCCCCACUGCGGGUUCGGGGGUCGACGACUAUUUCGAGUUAAAGUCUCUGAGGCGCGUCCCCGCCCCCGGCCGUCCGCCUUCGGUCCAGGCUGCUCCUCUCUCGUCUCCCCCAGGCGCUAGUGCAGACCCAGAAGCCACGUCUCCUUGGCCUUGGGGUUCUGCAGGCACCACCCCUCUCCGGACACCCCCUCCACCUACGCGACCUCCGGAGCCGGGCCCCUCCCCCGUUAGUACUCCACUUUGUACUCACAGCCUUGGGAGCUUCCUGGGCACGAUUCGCAUCCACCGGCUGUGCUUGCCAUGGAUUGAAUUCCCAAACCUGAUCCUGCCUGAGGAAGAAUCCUGGAAAGGGAGGAAGAGCAAAGGAAAGGAGUUGGGAAUGGCCGUCUGUCAGGCCUUCCCCCAGUCCCUCUCCUCUGCACUUAGAUUCCAGCUCGUAGUGACCCAGGAACGGUUGACCUUCAGGGAUGUGGCCAUAGAAUUCUCUCAGGAGGAAUGGGUGUGCCUGGACCCCUGCCUCAGGGAAGGCACCAGCCUGGAGAACUACAGGAACCUGGUCUCCCUGGGCAAGGAAAACGUCCCUCCAGAAGUCGGGAUCUGCCCCAAUAGCUCUGCUACAUUCGUGAUCAAGGAAUUAUUACGAAAGAAAGACAUUAAUAAUGGAGAAUUAUACCAAUCAGUGCUCUUGGGAAGACCUGAAAGCCAUGGCCUUGAGGAUUUUGACUUCAGGGAAGUCUGGGGAAAUAUGUAUGAAUUUGAGAGCAAGUGCGAAUAUGAAGAAAGAAAUUCAAAAGGAAUGCUUCCAUACAAAUGUAAUGAAUGUGGAAAGACUUUUAGCCAUCAUUCAGUCCUUACUAGUCAUCAGAGAAUUCAUUCUGAGCAGAGACCUUACAAAUGUAAUGAGUGUGGUAAAGCCUUUAAGCAGUUCUCAAACCUCACAAGACAUCAGAGAAUCCAUACCGGAGAGAAACCAUAUAAAUGUAAUAUAUGUGACAAGGUCUUUAAUCAAAAUUCCCACCUUACAAACCAUUGGAGAAUUCAUACUGGAGAAAAACCACACAAAUGUCACGAAUGUGGUAAGGCUUUUAUCAAGUGUUCAGACCUCUGGCGUCAUGAGAGAAUUCAUACAGGAGAGAAACCUUACAAAUGUAAUGAAUGUGGUAAGGGUUUUACCAAACGUUCAUAUCUUUGGGAUCACAAGAGAAUUCAUACUGGAGAGAAACCAUACAAAUGUAUUGAAUGUGGCAAGGUUUUUAGGCAGUGGUCUACCCUCAGGAUUCAUCGAAGAAUCCAUACCGGCGAGAAACCUUAUAAAUGUAAUGAGUGUGGCAAGGCUUUUAAGCAAUGCUCACACCUCACUAAGCAUCAGAAUAAAAUUCAUUCUGGAGAAAAACCAUACAAAUGUAAUGAAUGUGGUAAGGCUUUUAUCCAAAGUUCAAGUCUUGUGGAUCAUCAGAGAAUUCAUACUGGUGAGAAACCUCACAAAUGUAAUGAAUGUGGCAAAGCUUUUAGUCAAAAUUCAAACCUUACAAUUCAUCAGAGAAUUCAUACUGGAGAGAAACCUUACAAAUGUAAUGAAUGUGACAAAGCCUUUAAGCAGUAUUCAAGCCUCAUAAGACAUCAGAAUAUACAUCCUGGAGAGAAACCACACAAAUACAUGGGAUGA